GUCGUGGUCCACGCGCUUCACCUGAUAGCAUCCAUCCGGGCUCGGACUUGGCAUUUGAUGCUUGACCCUUGGCUUCUUGCUUCUAGCAUUGUGCUCACAUACAGCACCGCUUCUACUUGCUGCCGGCCGCGACCUCCAACAGCACGAAAUCGCUUGACGAUGCAGGUGUCAAGCUUGUCGUUGCUCGCGACUACGCUUCUAAGUGCAAGCCUGCUUUGCAGCAUCGCAGCAGCUUCAGAGACGGCUGGGCGGGCAACCUACUCUCUGCACUCGAGGUAUCUGGGAGGCGGGCAGAGCACACGAGAAUGGAAAUAUCAAGGCUCGAUCACUUUGGGAGCUCAAGCUGGGCUUUCGAGCGUCUCGGAUGUCUCUCCAUCACGGGACAAUAUCAGAUUCGUCACUGCAAGUGAUCGGAAUGAGGAACUUCAACCGGCAACUGAUUCUGGUGUGCUGGAUCUGGAGAGCACUAGCUCUGCUGCGGGCUGGUUGCAGUUUUUGCUCUUGGACGGGGACACAAAAUCAGUCAAGCCGGCGGAAUUGGCGCGUGGCAUUCUCGCUAGCACCAAAGCGUGUCUCCUACCUUCCCCGCUCGUGGUCACCCUCCACCUACCACCGGCGCCUGGCGCAAGCACAAAGACCGGAGGUGGUCCAGCUCCUUUAAGCGCGUCCUUGCGACCGCAAGGCCUCUCACUUCACUUCGAAGGCAUCUCUACAGCGCCCUUGAACGAGUCUGGAUGCCCAGCUGAGCGAGACCGCAGCGCUGCUGAAGUCGCCAAGGCUCAGGCUCCAGUGCGAGUAGCAGUCCACCGCGCAGCAGGCGCAGGAGCACCUCCUCCUCGUCAAGCGCCGCGUCUCAAAGCCGACGGAAGCCCGCUCGCUGAAGGGGAAGACGCUCCACCGGUGAAGGAGAAAUCCUUCGUUCAGAAGUAUUGGUACUACUUGCUACCCGUCGUCAUCCUGCUCGCAAUUCCCUCAGAGCUCGCAGAUAGCGGCGAUGAUGGAGAAGCGGAAGUGGAUGACGCUCCACGCUUGGGAGGAGGAGGAGGAUCGGGAAGCGGAGCUGCUGGCAAGAAGGGCGCACCCGCUGCGGCAGGUGCUGGCAUGCGUCGUAUCAGGUGAAAGCUGGCGAAUAUCACGCGAAGAAGAGGAGCAGGAGCCCGGCCUCCGGAGCUAUGACGCACAUGGUCAGCAAAAUCAGACAUGCAUCACCAAAUGCAGCUGCGAAAAGGUGUGUCAACUCUGGCAAGCAUCACGGCGUGCGGAGAGAGUGGAGAGGGCUGGCGAAGAUGGUCUGGUCUGUCGCACCAUUGAUGGCAUCCCCAUUGCACGCCUGGAGUCAAUCAUGAAACUCGUAUGAUUACAAAUGGUCCGUGACUAGCUGUAUUGGAAACUAAGAAGCCGGUGUUUUGGACGCGAAGAUGAGAGGCGACCCCAAUGAUCUAGUCCUCCUCUCCUCGCCUGUAUGCUACCACGCUGUCGACUUGGUGAAUGGCCGUGCUGAAACUUCGCAACCUGACUUGCUCGGCCUGACCCUCUGCGAUCAGCCGGGCGUCGCUUUCC